AUGAAAUCCCCAUUAUGUGGUAAAACAUUUGUUCUUGAUAUUAGUCAUAAUAUACGAUUCAAAGAAAAAAGUUUACUUAUUAAAUAUCUACGCGAACAAAAUGCUAAUAUAUCGCACAUUUUAACAGCUAGUACUGAUUAUGUAUUGGUUAAGGAUGAUGUUGAUACGUAUAAAACUCGACGUGCUAAGCAGUUAGGAAUAACAUUACUAAAUGUGGAAUAUAUUUAUGAAUGUCAACGUAAUUUAGACAAAAUAGUCAAUCCUGAUCCGUAUGUAAUUACAUCAGCUGAAGAUAAAGAACAUUUCAAAAGUGGCUUAAUACCUGCUGAAAGCGAGUUUCAUAAAAAAUAUAUUUUUCAUAUGUCAUUCGUAACAAAACAAUAG